AUGGCAUACGGAGCGCUCAAUGUGCUUAAAUACGCUAAUCCGCCGCCUAAUUCGCAAAUGAAGCCCGCUGAAGAUAUGACGACUGCACCAGAGCCCUAUGCAUUUGCUGCAUUCGCUUAUUGGCUCAGCGUUAAUCCUUUCAAGGAGGGUGACUACUGGGACUGGACCGCCGGAUCAGCUCGUCACCGGAGCAACACACCGUGA